AUGUUUUUUCAAAAUGCACAAGGCAAAUGGCUUCAAUACAGAAUUACUGCAGCAUGCGGUGCCGGCUUUCUUCUCUUCGGCUACGAUCAAGGUGUUUUCGGGGGACUUCUAGACAAUAAGCCCUUCCUAGAGACCUUUGGAAAUCCAUCUGUGACCAUCCAAGGUCAGAUUGUUGCUACCUAUGAUAUCGGCUGUAUUAUGGGCACUCUGUUGUCUAUGUUCGCUGGAGACAAGCUUGGUCGCAGGCGGUCAAUUCUGAUCGGUUGUUAUAUCCUCAUUGUUGGUGCUAUCCUACAAACAGCCUCAUAUUCCCUCGCGCAAAUGAUAGUCGGCCGUGUUGUUGCUGGCGUUGGAAAUGGAAUGAAUACUAUCGCGAUUCCUAUCUGGCAGUCAGAGACCGCACGCGCGGAGGAUCGGGGCAAGUUGAUCGUUGCUCAGCUGGUGACAAAUAUUUUCGGCAUCGUCAUCACGAACUGGAUGAACUACGGCUUCACCUUUAUCCCUCACUCCCCAGUGAGCUGGCGAUUCCCUCUCGGCUUCCAGUGCUUCUUCGCAAUCGUUACCAUCCUCUUUGUUCUUAUCGCACCGGAAUCACCGCGUUGGCUUGUCAUGAAACACCGCGCCAAUGAAGCCCGCGAAAUCCUAGCCCGACUCCUCGCAAAAUCCACCGAUGACUCGGAAGUGGUAGAUGGAAUACAAACAUUGGAGAUUGCUGUGAACCAUGAGCACGAAGUCCAGCAAACGAAGCCUUUUCAGGAGAUCUUCAAGAGGAAGAGCAAGCAGCAGACAAUGCGCAGAAUUCUUUUGGGAGCUGGGACUGCCUUCUUCCAACAGGUCGGCGGGACCAAUGUUAUUGCAUACUAUCUGCCUGUGGUUUUGACGCGGUCAGUAGGGUUGGAUAACAGAAUGGCUUUGAUUCUUUCAGCCGUCGACUCGAUGUCACUGAUGUUCUGGGGCUCUGUUGCAGCGUUGCUUAUCGACCGAAUCGGCCGAAAGAGACUGAUGCUUUUUGGAGCUGCGGGCAGCAGUCUCUGCUUUGCGCUUGUUGCUGUUGGGUUGCGGUACGGCGGGCCUAGCAACAAGGGUAUGUCCAUCAUGGCGGUUGUGUUUAUCUUCGUCUACUAUGUCUUCUACGGCGUGUCGCUCCUAUCGAUCCCUUACAUCUAUCCGGCGGAAAUCAACUCCCAGCAAAUGCGAAAUAUUGGAACUUCAUUCGCCACCACUACGAAUUGGUUGUUCGUAUAUGUUAUCGUUGUUGCUACUCCUACUGCCAUCGCGAACAUCCAGUGGAAGUAUUACAUGCUUUUUGCGAUUUUCAACUUCUGUUUCCUGCCAAUCAUUUGGUAUUUCUAUGUUGAGACUGCGAACCUUUCACUUGAGCAAAUCGAUCGGCUCUUUGAGAUUAAGCAUGACUCGGGAAAUGCGAUUAGCUGGACGGAGGCGACCAUGAUUGCCCGGACCGAGGUUAUUUCUGAUUUGGCGCGCACUGAGAAGAAGGACAACAGCGACUCUAAGCAUUACGAGAAUGUGGCUUAA